AUGUCCAUGCUUUUUGAUCUGAACAGUAAUCACAAUGGAGCCACUCCGCUGGUGCUGGCCAAGAGACGCGGUGUGAAUAAAGACGCGCUCCAUCUGCUGGAGGGGCUGGAGGAACAGGAAGUGAAGGGCUUCAACCGCAGCUCCCAUUCCAGUCUGGAGAAGAUGCACAUGGCUGAGAAUGAAAGUGCCAUGGAGAGCCACUCUCUUCUCAACCCACACCUGCAUCACAGCGAUGGCGUGCUGUCCAGCUUCCGCACUACAUGGCAGGAGUUUGUGGAAGAUCUUGGUUUCUGGCGAGUGCUCUUGCUGCUCCUCGUCAUUGCUCUGCUCUCACUCGGCAUUGCGUAUUACGUCAGCGGAGUCUUACCUUUCGCGUCUAAUCAACUGGAACUUGUGCACUAAUAAUAUGAAAGCUCAUUAAAAACAAUGAUUUCUUUUUUUUUUUUUUUAUCUUGCAUUAGCUGAUGAUUGUUCCUACAGUAACCACGCUUUAAACUGUAAUCAUACAUUAUGUGACUGAAUUCUAAAAUAUUUUUGUGUAUAUGUAAAUAGACCUUUCAUGUGCUAAAAACGUUUUUUCAUUAUGCUUGUGUGUUAGGAAGAAUCUUUUUAUUGCCUAUUCUGCACCCGUUCAUGCUAUCGUUUCUGUUUCCAGCCCACAUCACCACCUUUUUAUUUUAUUUAAAUUAUUGGAUUUACACAUUAAAGUUUUGUGAUUGCAAAAAGUGUUUAUCAUGCACAUACUUUAACAAUGGUGUAUGUGAAAUGGGUUCAGGGUCAUUUCUACAGUUUGGUGGAUUUUAUGUCCCCGUGAAACAAUACGGCAGAUUUUAUGUAAAUAUUAACCAACUUUAAUGCCACAUGGUUU